GAUUGGUGAUGUGCUGAACACAUUGUCUGCUUGCAAGAAAAUGGAUUGUGUACUCCAUGGGCACCGCUCGCAAGAUUACGAGCGGUUUUGGAACCAGUACCGAGUUUUCCAUGAGAAGCACCAAAUCUUCGAAACCCAUCAUGACAGGCUCGGCUCUUGUGUGCCAUGCAUGCUACAUACAGACGAAGGAACUGGAAUGAAGAAAAAGGCUGUGCUGAUAUUGCAGAUACAUCCUGUGAUGGGUAUGGGCUCGAAGCGUGGAACGGGGCUCAAUUUUAUGGGCUCCACCUAUUUGACCCGCCUACUUUACACAACUAUCGCGGCCAAAGCCUACAAGGGCAAGACUAAAGGAGCUGUCCUCCAAAGCCUGUUCAAUAGCUGGACUCGCGACCUUUUGGAGACGUUCAAUUCCGGAGUCAGAGUGCAAAUCGACAACCGCCCCACUCAGGUAUAUUUGGUUAUGAUCGCAUGCAAGGGCGACUGGCCCGCACUGGUACAGUGCGGGUCGCUCACGCGGCACUUCGGGCAUGUUGCUCGUGGUGUGGGUAACAACACGAAAGGUAUUUGCCACCUUUGCAAAGCUGGGAUGCCAGGCUUCAGUUUUAGUGAAUUUGGUGCCACGGCAAGAUGGUAUGCGGACACUGAACCCCCGCCGCUACCUUGGAAUGCGAAUCGACCACCCAAAAUGCUACCUUUGGUGAUGAGCCCGGAUUGCCCCGAGAAGUGGUUCAAAAUCGACAUCUUCCAUACCUGCCACAAGGGAUGCUUCUCGGAUCUCGUUUCCUCAGCAGCGGUUCUUUUGCGCGACUUGGGUUUUUACGGUGAGAUGGGCAUGGACAAGUUCUGCAACACCUUGUACGAGGAGCUGUCACGGUUUGCGAAGGCUAAUGGUCUGGGCCUCCAUAUGGUUCACCUCAACAAAAAGAAUUGGUUCAAGGGCGCGGACACGACGACGUUCAUGAGGUUCUUGCAGUACAAGUACGAGCGCACCCUUGCUGAUCAUGACUCCGAGCUUCUGGAUGCUGUCUUGCUUGCUAUGGGUGCCGCAAACAAAUUUCUCGACAUACUGUACAAUGCGGACCUAUGGAUGGAUUACACAUCUGCCCACGAAGCAUGCAAGUUUGGAAUGCAUUUCUUGAAAGGAUAUGCCACUGCUGCUACCUUGAGCUUCAACAUGUCCCUACCCAGAUUUAAAUUCCAACCAAAGUGGCAUAUGUUCGCACAUAUCACACACCAGCUUUAUGACGAUGCAGAGAAGGUUGGUCGGAAGGGUCGGGUACUAAAUGUACUCAGCUUCAGCUGCCAGCAAGACGAGGACUUUGUCGGAAAGAUCAGUGCUAUCGUGCGCAAGCAGCAUGCUCGAUCUGUAAACAGUCGGGUGCUCCAAAAGUACAAAUUAAACCUUGCAUCAAGAUGGUAG